UAAUCCAAUUAGCCUGAAAGCAACCUGCACCGCCAUUGGCUAGCCGCGCUUUUAAUUUCGAAGAUGGCGACGAAGCGAGCUGUAUAUAGUUUAUGUAUACACAGAGGUAUCUGGAGUCGAGAUUCCGGACUAUUCUGGAGUCGUGAUACAUAUAACGGAUCUGCGUUCGUGCGGCCGGUAGCCGGUACACCUGAUACUGGAUAUCUCUUGUACCUGAAUGAGAGGGAAAGAAUAGGGUUUUCUCGCUAGCGCGUAUUGCGAUUUUUUUUAACGAGACCUUUUUCUGCGAAGACAAGUGUAUAUCCGCGAUGAAUCCCUCAGAGCCAAGCGGCACCGAGACUCUCAGGUACAAUGAGUUCACAUUGGAUGACACUGAGAUAAGCUCUAAGAUGAAAGAUGUGAUUGACGUUCUCGCGAUGCAGCGCGAGAAAAGGAAUACAUUACAAAAAAGCAUUACGAUCGAUUAUACCAAGUCUAGCGAUAGCUUUACCGUCUCACGGUUUAUCUUCGAAUGCGGUCUGAAAUUGGAAGCUCAUCCACUGACGAUAGCUACCGCCGCGACGCUAUAUCACAGAUUUAUUAAAGAGGCGACGCCACAGGGAUAUGAUAAUUAUCUGCUGGGUGCGACUUGCCUUUAUCUGGCUGGUAAAGUGAAGGAUGAUACGCUGAAGAUACGAGACGUGAUGAAUGUAUCCUAUAAUACGCUUCACAGAGGAUCUCAGCCGCUCGAUCUCGGAGAUCAGUAUUGGAGCAUGAGAGACGCGAUCGUUCAAGCUGAACUUCUAAUCAUGAGGAUGCUCAAGUUUCAAGUCACGCCGGUGCAUCCGCACAAGUACAUGCUUCACUAUCUGCGAUCCCUGCAAGCCUGGUUCGGCGAGGAGGAAUGGUCCAAGUAUCCGGUCGCGAAAACUAGCAUGGCGCUGCUGCAAGAUUUUCAUCAUUCCCCAGCUAUUCUCGACUACCCGCCGAAUUUAAUAGCGAUAGCUUGCAUCAAUUUGUCGCUGCAAAUUUACGGUGUGGUCGUACCAUUGAUGGACGAGUGUGAUCAACAGCCGUGGUUCAACGUUUUCUGCAAAGAUUUAGCGAGGGAAAAGUUAUGGGAAAUCAUGGAAAAAGUGAUGGCGGCAUACGAUGAUGAACCUGAAACGAGAGACAACUAAUAAACGUAUCUAUUACAACUGUAUCUAUUACAAUAAUAAAGCGUUUUUUCCGUACAUUA